CGGAGAGCAGGGGACUGAGAUCCAGAAAGGGAAGCGAUUCUUCCAAGGACUCCAGCAGCCCAGGGCUCUUUCUACUGCACUGCCCUGCCUCUGUCACACAGAGGGGAAUUGUCACCUUGUGGGAGAAGCAUAACAGGGUAAUGGCUUUGGGGGAGGGGAAUGAGAGAAAAAGGGAAGUCAAAGGUAACAAUGGCAAAAUUGAGAUUUGCUAAUUUUGUCUUGGGUCAAGUCUACAAUGGCCAGGGGCUAUGGAACCAGCAUCACAGAUGGUCCCACUGAGAGCCUCAGCAGCCCCAGAGGACAUCACAGAACAUCUCUGAGAACAGCUCCUGGCUUGUGGCAGGACCUGCUGAAAAGCACUGUUACUCAUUUGCUGUGACGUUAGGUUGCCCUAGUCAUUCAUUCAUUCAUUCAUUUGUUAAUUCCCUAAGUAUUUAUUGACGGUCUGCUAUCUGCUAAGUACUGUUUUAGGAGCAUGGGUUAUUUCAGUGAACACAAGAUCCUUGUCCUUAUAAAGUUUACAAUACAUAGACAAUAUAUAAAUUCCAACUAACCUAGAAAGUGAAAGGUGUAAAAGAAGAAAAAUUAAAGAGGGGCUAAGACCUGAGAAUGAAAACUGCAUAUGGAGGGUGUGGGUUGAUGUCUUUUCAAGGUGGAUUGGGUCAGCCUCCUUGAGGAGUGUAGUGAGUACGAACCUUUAAUAAAUAAAGUGUAAUAAAUAAAUGAAUGAAUAAAUAAAUAAUAUGUAGUAAGUGCAAACCCCUAUUAAAUGAAAAACAGGAACAAAUUGCAAACUAACCACAUAACAAGUAAGCCUGGACCAAAUGCGUGUAGUGAUAACAAACUAACCUCAUAGCAAAUACCACAUAGCAAGUAAGCCUAGACCAUAUGCGUGUAGUGAUAAGAUUAGCGCGGAGUAACAAGUUGUAAAUAUUUUAACUUGUGCGAAAUAUCGUAGACCAAAACAUGUUUACGACGUGUGUAUGUUUUUGGUGUGUAAGCAUAAGGAAAACAAGUGAUGUAAUAUGUUUAUGAAGGAGACUUAGCACAGUAUAUAAAGAGGCAUCGGGGUGGACUGAGGUGAAGCGAGUUCCCUGUCGGGAGGACAUCAUCGCCGGUGCUACCGACGCCCCGACAGUUUCGUUGCCGACCACUUGCUGGUUCUCAGUCUCAACUUCUGCGGUGACCUCUCUGUCUAGAUUGUGAGGCGACGUCUCCUUCUCCGUGACAACGUCAGCGGACCAUGACCGGGCCACGAUAGUGGUGCGGACCUCGUCCCAAUAAAGAUCAACAGGGGCCUCGGCUCCGCAACUGCCACUCCUCCUUGGGGUGUUGCACAAGUUUCGAGGUCACCGGCGACCCCCCCUAGCAGCGCGCCUGGCUCUGGCCCCCGCGAAGGAGGACGGGGCUUGUGUGUUGCAUACUUUCUAAGGCGGCGGGGCGGCGGGGCAGCGGCUCCAUCCAGCCCGAAACGGCUCCUCCUCCUCGGCAUGGCUGGCUACUUGAGCGAAACAGACUUUGUGAUGGUGGAGGAGGGCUUCAGCACCCGAGACCUGUUGGAGGAGCUCACUCUGGGGGCCUCACAGGCCACCGCGGGUGAUGUUGCUGCCUUCUUCGUGGCCGACCUGGGUGCUGUGGUGAGGAAGCACUUCUGCUUCCUGAAGUGCCUGCCCCGAGUCCGGCCCUUUUACACGGUCAAGUGCAACAGCAGCCCAGGUGUGCUGAAGGUCCUGGCUGAGCUGGGGCUGGGCUUCAGCUGUGCCAACAAGGCAGAGAUGGAGUUGGUCCAGCGUAUUGGCGUCCCUGCCAGUAAGAUCAUCUACGCCAACCCCUGUAAGCAAAUUGCACAGAUCAAGUACGCCGCCAAGCACGGGGUCCGGCUGCUGAGCUUUGACAACGAGAUGGAGCUGGCAAAGGUGGUAAAGGGCUACCCCAGUGCCAGGAUGGUUCUGGGCAUUGCUACUGAUGACCGUCACUCCCUGAGCCCCCUGAGCUUCAAGUUCGGAGCGUCGCUGCAAUCCUGCAGACACCUGCUUGAAAACGCCAAGAGGAGCCACGUGGAGGUAGUGGGGGUGAGUUUUCACGUUGGCAGCGGCUGUCCUGACCUUCACGCCUACGCUCAGUCCAUCGCAGACGCCCGGCUUGUGUUUGAGAUGGGCGCUGAGCUGGGCCACAGGAUGCAUCUCCUGGACCUUGGUGGUGGCUUCCCUGGAUUGGAGGGGGCCAAAGUGAGAUUCGAAGAGAUUGCUUCUGUGAUCAACUCAGCCUUGGACCUGUACUUCCCAGAGGGCUGUGGCGUGGACAUCCUUGCCAGGCUGGGGCGCUACUACGUGACUUCGGCUUUCACCUUGGCUGUCAGCAUCAUCGCCAAGAAGGAGGUUCUUCUGGACCAGCCUGUAAGGGAGGAGGAAAGUGGUUCCAUCCCCAAGACCAUCGUGUACCACCUCAGUGAGGGCGUGUAUGGGAUCUUCAACUCAGUCCUGUUUGACAACACCUGCCCUACCCCCAUCCUGCAGAAGAAAUCAUCCGCGGAUCAGCCCCUGUACAGCAGCAGCCUGUGGGGCCCUGUGGCCGACGGCCAGGACUGCGUGGCUGAGGGCCUGUGGCUGCCGCAACUACACGUAGGGGACUGGCUGGUCUUUGAGAACAUGGGCGCCUACACCGUGGGCAUGGCUUCCCUCCUUGGGGGGACCCAGACCUGCCGAGUCACCUAUGCCAUGUCCCGGGUGGCCUGGGAAGCGCUUCGAGGGCAGCUGCUGCCUACAGAGCAGGAUGAGGACACCGAGGGCAUGUGCAAGCCUCUGUCCUGUGGCUGGGAGAUCACAGACACCUUGUGCGUGGGCCCUGUCUUCACCCCGGCGAGCAUCAUGUGAGCGGACCCCGUUUCCCCCCCCCAGAGAACUCCAGCGGGGCUGCAGAGAUGCCUCUGGGAGACGUGAGGAAAGCAGCAAGCAGGGACACCCUCUGGCCAGGACUCUGGUGCUCGCUCUGCUUCCCCCCACGCUCCGCCUGUAGUGUUU